AUGUCGAACAAUACUCCAUUGCCGUCGUCUUUCGAUGGCAAUACUGAUUUCUAUGAAGAAAAUCGCUGGCAGAAAUUAACCCGUCGUCUCAAAGAAGAGCCUCUCAUUCCUCUGGGUUGUAUCCUCACCUCCCUUGCCCUCGUCGGCGCAACCCGCUCCAUCCGAGCCGGCGACCACAACCGCACUCAACGCAUGUUCCGCGCACGUAUCUACGCGCAAGGUUUCACUCUCUUAGCUAUGGUUGCCGGAUCGAUGUACUGGGAUUCCGAUCGUAAGAAGCGCAAGGAAUUUGAGGGAGUAUUGUCGGAACAAAAAGCGAAAGAGAAAAAUGAGGCUUGGAUUAGAGAAUUAGAGGCCAGAGAUGAGGAGGAGAAGGAGAUGAGGAGGGCAAGGGAUGAAAGGAGGAGAAGAGCGGAGGGAAGACCGGCGCCAAAGGCUGUGGUUACGGAUGCGCCAGUGGAGGAAGGCGAGAAGACGAAGGGGGGAGUCAUGGGACAGAUGAGCGGUUUGGUAUGGGGAAAGAAAUGA